CUGGCUCGGCUCGUCGACAACCUGCUUGCACCUCUGUGCUCUCUGCGCUCUCGGAUCAGACGGAAUCGAUUCGCAAGGGAAGCGGAGAGGCGACGAGAAGGCGCAGCAGAACAACGCGAACCCGACGCCAGGGCGAGAGGGAUCUGUCUCCGUCGAGGAGGCUCCUGCUCCUCCCCUCGCGGGCCACCAUGGCCGCACCUUGCCCCUCGCCGGCGGAGGCAGCACCGCCGCUGGACGCCGCCGAGGAAGACGAGUGGGAUGCGGACGGAUUUGUUAUUCCUAACUUGUCCACUCAAGAUGAUGACGUAUCUGAGCCAAGUGACCCCAAAGCAAAGGAUCCUGAACCUCCACAGGUAAGAGAUGAGAAGAUAUACUUGGGACCUCAUGGGGCUCCGCCGUCUCAUGGAAAGCAGCAGGAGCUGAACACAGUUGGCCGUAAGCAGCAGUUCAGGAAUAAGCUGAAGGAAGCAGAUAAGAAAUUCACUGGCAAUGCUCAGGAGAACAAGGUGGAAAGCCUAAGGGAGCUGAUGGGUGCUAGAGCAAAUAGUAUAGGCAUGCCAAAGAGCUCUCCUCGCGAUUGGCUCGACCCACACUGUCAUGAAUCUGAAUUUGAUAGAAAACCACACUAGGUGACUGGCAAAUGAUGCCACCUUCACCUAGAAGGUUGAUAUACUGUAUACUUGUGCAGGUGAUAUUCCCCAAUAAUAGAUACUCAUGGUCAACUAAUACAAGAAAGUAAAAUGUUAUCUGUGGUGUAAUUAAUCCGAGUUCUGCUGUUCUCCA